CCCUUUUUGAGGAGCAGUUGAUAAGCGAAGCCCAAUCUGUGAACUGACUCGACAGGACAUGUGAGAGUUGAUAGUCAGACUCACCAGCCAUGUCUCAAACAUUGAUAUUCGUACCUUGGGCUCGUGACAUUUGCACUGACCUUUCAGGGUCCUUGCACAUUCCGACUGGUCAGGAAUUGGGACUCGACCUCUCAGGUGUCCGUGAACUCUGCAGAGUCUUGAGAGACUGCCACGACAGCAUGAUUGAUACUACUCAGAACAGCAUAUUCAUGGUGUUUGAUGAAACCCCUAGGACGAGUCUACGGUCACAUCUAUACGAUCCCUACCUAUCACCUCAUUCCUUCGAACCAUAUCAGAUAGUCUUGUUUAUUCAUCAAGCGGUCUAUCAUAUGACCAACUGCUUGGUGUUUUUGUUACAAUUCGCGCUUAUAUCGGAUAUAAUUUUAUCUCACACGUUUGGCUGCACUUUCUCGCUUCUCGCUCUCUUCAAAACUGCUCUCAUGGUGGGGUUCACCGUAUUGAGCUUCGUCCUGUUGUGCUCAGACGGAUCCUUGCAGGCCAUGAUGAACUAUCUUCAUUGUCAACAUAGAAACACAAAUUAAUGUUUGGCCAAUUGGGGACUUACUAUUGCGGAGAACAGACGAGUGCUCGACAUUUUUUUCUGAACCAUGGCCUCCUCUAUUAUUAUUGCUACGCAUUGAGUCCAAAGAUAGUAGUUGCAGAGAUAGACGUUGUCAUUCAACUUCUCGGGUAUAAAAAGGUCUUCAUACGUCAUUAAAUUAUAUUGGUAAUCCCGUCUGAUGUCGACUGGAUCCGCUUCUAUUUUAAUACCGCUUUGGUUUGACCCAGCUUAACGAUAAACCUCCCUCCUCGCAUCGUCUGCGUAAACAAUCU